AUGUUUCACCCAUUACCUACUCCUAAUAACCUCAAACAAAAGAUAAGAAAAGAUCAUCGUGCUUCACAGAAAAAUGCUGAGGGAAGUAGCCGAAAACAAGAUCGAGGAUUUGAUAAACUUGAACGCCAAUUCCAAGCCUAUAGAAAUAGUAUAGAGAUAUUAAUUUCCGAAUGUGAUACAUAUAGCCUGGCUAUCCUCUCAUGUCUAGAGCACUCAAUUAACUUCUCGAAGAGUUUCGGUCGAAUAAAGAACGCGGACAACUAUGAUACGCCGACUUCGCCCAGUUUCGAAAUGGGUAGUUCCGUUAUUUCCAAGAAGCUGCAGAAUUCGCCCACGUAUAAUCCUAAUCAUGGCAUUUACUCACCUUGGGAAUUUAGUCCAGAGACAGAAUCGUCGGUCUUCAACGUCGCUGCCUUUGGGAAACGUUUGGAGCGUGCCCGCGACAAGAUUACUGCAGACCUGGCGCUGCUGAGACAAAACGCAAAACAACCUUUACUUAAGCUCCAGGAAAUCUGUCGCCAUAUCCAGGCAACAGUCAUUGAAAGACAGUCAAUCAUCUCGGAGCAUAACAAAUACGCAAGCAAGUUCAAUUAUCUCGAAGCUAAGAACAGUAAGCAUCUCUCAGUUAGACAAAAGCAGAAUCAGCUGCGAUACAACAAAAACAUGAAGUUGAGCGCGAUUAAGUUUGAGUCUAUCAAUGCGACACUUAAAGUUGAACUAAGAGUCUUUUUCCGCUUUUUCCAGGAUUUUCUGUCGCAUUGGUUUCCUAACUAUUUUUACAUUACGUACACAGUUGCCUACACCUUGUACAGUUUCCUUGGCAAUUGCCCUGAAGUUCGAAAACUACUCGGACAUACAGAGUUGCAUUUCUCAGAACAAUACGUGCACUCUGAGGCUAGCGUGUUAGACAGUUUUCAUCUUCGGUUUGAUCCUAUUGCCAAACAAAUCGACCGUUUCAAAAUAACUUGCUCUUCACGGCUUUUAAGGGAUUCUUUGACAACCGCUUCCAAUACUUUUAAGUUUCAAUUCGAAGACAACGCUGCAGAUGGCACAGUUUCCACAUUAUACGCUACGGCGAUUUGCAGUUACCAGCCGGAAUCCAGCCAACCGCAAGUCCUAGCUUUUCGGAAUGGUGACAUAAUACAGGUAAUCAAGAAAAGUAAUACAACUUGGUGGUAUGGCAGAUUGCUACGAAAUAAGCGGCGCGGAUACUUUCCGGUUAAUCAUGUCCAACUAGAAAGGUACCUUUGA